UCGCUCAUUAAUUUAUUAGAUGAUCGCUCUGAUUCAAUGCUUCGUUCUUUCAGUAUUAAGUAUGUAAGCUUUGGUUAAAACAUGCUUUUAAAUUCAUUUAAAAACGUUAGAAAUAUUGGGAGAUUUUCACAUGUAGCAUCUAAAUCAUUAGGAAUAAUUGGUGUGCCAUUCUGUAAGGGACAAGAAAAGAAUGGAGUUGAAGAAACUCCUAGAAUAUUACGUAAAGCUGGUUUAAUUGAUAUUCUUCAAGAAAGAAUACUUGUAAACGACUAUGGAGAUCUCGAAAUACAAGAAAUAACACUAAAAAAUAAGGAACUACAAAAUAUGAAAAACUACGGUGAGUUUCAAGGAUGCAGCAUAUCACUCAUCCAAAAAGUUCAAGAUAUUUUGAAGGAAAAUGAUGUUUAUCUGGCUAUUGGUGGUGAUCAUUCCAUAGGAUUUGGCUCGAUUGCUGGACAUUUGCAAGUUAAUCCAAAUACCUCUGUUAUCUGGAUAGAUGCUCAUCCCGACAUUAACUUGAAUACAACAUCAGUUUCGGGGAACAUACAUGGGAUGCCAGUUGCUUUGUUAAUUCAAGAAGUAAGAAGACUUUGGGCAGGUUUAAAUGUUCACGAGAUUGGGCCUGUAGGCUUACCUGCCAAGGAGCUUGUGUACAUUGGUUUAAGAGAUAUUGAUCCAUAUGAAGCAUAUAUACUUAAAAAGCUUGGAAUAAAAUUUUUCUCUAUGGAUGCAGUAGAUAAAUAUGGAAUAGCGAAAAUCCUAGAAAUGUCUCUCGACGCAAUUAAUUCUUUCAACAAACUUCACAUAAGCUUUGACAUUGACGCCUUAGAUAUAAGUAUAGCUCCUAGUACAGGAACUCCAGUUCUUGGUGGGCUAACACUGCGUGAAGGUAUGUACAUAAUGGAAUCAUUAUGUGAAACAAAUCGCAUAGAAGGUGUUGAUUUUGUGGAACUAAAUCCAAAAAUUGGAACGCAACACCAAUCAGAAAGUACUUUAUCGGCUGGAUUGGAAAUAAUCAAAUCAAUUUUUGGGUAUAAAAGAUCGGGAAAUAUUUGUUCGAAAUUAAAAAUGCUGGAUCUCUGAGAGAAUAUAAGAACCAAAUUUGGAAUAAAUUAACAAGAACUUUAUUUUCACAA